UGAUCUAUAACCGGGUCUAUAAACAGGGAAAAUAUCGAKAAAUCUUAGUAAGAGAAAUGCGUAAAAGCACUCGAAUAGCAUCUAAGCUUUUACAAGAUGCUGUUAAAACUAUACCAAAGCAGGCUAAGCGAUCAAGGGAGUCAACAUCGAGUAUCUCUGAGCUUGAAGARCAGCCAUCAAAGGAGCAAUCAACUACCAAAAAUCCUSCAAGAAAGAAAGUCAAAUUGGAGGACAAAUCAGCUACGAAUUCUAAAGAAAAGCAAGUAAGUUCUUCUGUAGAUAGGAAGACAAAAGGACGCUCGUCUCCAUCAACAAAAACCCGCAAAGCAGGUAAGAAAGUGAAGCAAGAGACAGAUCUUGGCGCGAAAGUUGAUGUACACGUGCCGUUGGUUGGAUCCAAUACUUCAUCACAAAGCAACAAGUUCAUCGGAGCYCAUGUGUCYAUUAGYGGGAGYUUAUGUAAUGCGGUUUAUGAUGCAGUAGAAAUAGGAGCUAAAGCAUUCGCCAUGUUUCUAAGAUCGCAAAGACAAUGGAAGARUAAACCCUUGGAAGAGAAGGCAGCUCAAUCGUUUCGUGAAGCUUGUCUAUCAUACGGGUUUUCACCARCUCAUAUACUUCCUCACGGCAUCUACUUAAUGAACUGCGGCUCGCCAGAUGAAGAAACACUCGCGAAAAGCCGUGAAGUUCUUGUAGAAGAGCUACAGCGCUGUGAAAUGUUAGGUCUCUCUCUGUAUAACUUUCAUCCWGGUUCAACGUGUGGAAAGAUCUCAGUGGAUGAAUGUCUGGAUAGAAUUGCAGAAAGUAUCAACAUAGCACACAGCAAAACAAAGAAUGUUGUCACGGUGAUUGAGAAUAUGAGCUGCCAAGGCAACACGAUUGGUGGUAAGUUUGAAGAGCUUUGUGGGAUCAUCAACCGAGUACAAGACAAGUCAAGAAUUGGUGUAUGCCUCGAYACAUGUCACACCUUUGCAGCUGGUUAUGAUAUCUCAAAUAAACAGGGAUAUGAGAAGACAAUGGAAGAAUUUGAGAAUAUAGUUGGUUUCAAAUAUCUCAAAGGCGUGCAUCUCAAUGAUUCAAAGGGAGAGCUUGGCUGCCAUCUUGAUCGCCAUGAAAACAUUGGUAAAGGUAAAAUUGGUAAUGAGGGAUUUCGGUUUUUGAUGGAAGACAGCAGGUUCAAUGGAAUACCAAUGAUAUUAGAAACACCAUGUGUUAGCGAUUUGACUUAUACUAAAGAGAUUAAGACUCUGUACUCAAUGGUUCUGUAAGGUUUGCUGUAACCUUGAUAAGAUACKUGAUUUAAGGUAUAUUAACAUUUCUAUUUCAUUGUUGCUGUUUAACAUGAGUGUAAAGGUUUUGAGGAAAAUUGAUGUUUUCCUGUGUCAUUCUACUCAUGCAUAAUGAAAUCUGGUGUUUGUUGUAUUAAAAAAGAGAUUUCUGAUGUAAGUUAGUUUGAGGUUUUUGUGAUAUUCGAAUUAAUCAAGUCUUGAGCAGGCGUGAUUAUCAAUCAAAGUUGGGGGCCUGAGUCUGAUAACACUUGGAUCUAGACCAGGAUUAUUUUUAUCUUAUGAAAAUGAAUUCAAUAAUUUGUUUUGCAUCUUUUCCACUGCAUCAAAAGUCUUAGCAAAUAAUAUGAAAAUGAAACUGGAAUAUCUCUAACCAUUUACGCUGUGUUUACAUAGGUUAAAGCUCAAAAGAUUAAAAAAUCCAUGCAUGUGUU